AUGAAGCUCCAUGAGAAGAUUUUGACCCAUUACCUAUCAUGCACCUCUCCGGUUGAUAAGGAGGGAUAUCUUUACAAAAAGAAAGAGAGAAAUGCCACCUACCAGCGGCGGUGGUUUGUCCUGAAGGCCAACCUGCUUUUCUACCAGGAGCGCCCGGCUGACCGACACCUGCUGGGCGUCAUUGUGCUGGAGGGGUGUGCAGUCCGGCGCUCGGAGUCAGAAGGACAGUUUUCCUUCUCCCUUGUGUUUGAAGGGCCCGGACUCAAAACCUACAGAUUUGCAGCAGGGGAUGUUCAGACUCAAGAGAGCUGGGUGAAAGCUUUGCUCUCAGCCAGCCACUGUUACCUCUCCCUGCUGGUGAGAGACUUGGGGAGACAGUAUGAAGAAGCUAAACAGCAACAAGGCUCUGGUGAAUCCCGUCACAGCUCCUCUGGCCUCAAACAGUCGACCGCCAGUUUCUUCCCCUUUCAGGGGCCGACAGCAGUGGUCAGAGAGGGGAGAAGCUUCAGUGCUGGCACUGUUUUACAAGCACCAUCAAUACCCAACAAAGUGGUGGCUAAAAAGUCCCCCAAAUUGUGGCACAGGAGGAAUGCUCACGUCACACCGCUUAAUGGACCGGCACCUUUGUACGGCGAAUGGCCUUUGGUGGGUUUUGAUCCUCUCGAGGACUUCAGCAAACUUCAUGAUUAUUACGGCCAGGAGGUGAAGAAAGCGAGGGAGGAGUGGCUGAGGAGCCGACAAGCAGAAGAGGAACCCAGUGAUGGAGAUCUCAUCGACCUGGGGUGA